GAGCAAAAACAACAGCUUCUAAAGUCACUAGAAUUUGACCAGAUUGACGAACGGAAGAACACAAUCAAAAGGGCUCAUACGAAAACAUGCAAAUGGCUCUUGAAAAGCGCGCCUUAUCUAGAUUGGCUUGAAACUACGAAGAGAAGCGAGCACCACGGAUUUCUGUGGAUCAAAGGGAAAGCUGGAGCAGGAAAAUCCACGCUCAUGAAGUUCGCUUUAGAAAGAGCACCCAAGGAAUUACAAGGCAGCUCGACACUGUCUUUCUUCUUCAAUGCACGGGGGAGCACAAUGGAGAAGUCUACAACAGGAACCUAUCGGUCAUUGUUACUGCAGCUUCUUACGGGAUUUCCAAAGUUGCAGAACGUCUUUAGCUCGCUUUAUUCAUCAACAGCAGAGUUUGAUGCAAAUCGCGAGUGGAGUGUGGAAUUGCUCAAAGUGCUUCUAGAAGAAGCUAUCCUGAUGCUCGGGAAGGCUCCCGUUAUAUGUUUUAUCGACGCGUUGGAUGAAUGUGACGAAACAGAGAUUCGAGACAUGAUCCAGUUUUUCGAGCAUAUUGGGGACUUGUCAACAGAAAAGGAUUUACGUUUCUUUACCUGCUUUUCUAGUAGGCACUAUCCUCACAUCACUAUUCGCAAAGGAAUAGAAUUGGUGUUAGAAGGGCAAGAAGGCCACAAUCAAGACAUUAUCAAUUACAUUGGGACUGAGUUGAAGAUUGGAAAAAGCAAAAGAGCACAGAAAAUCAGGGACGAUGUUCGAGAGAAGGCAGCAGGUAUCUUCAUGUGGGUCGUUUUAGUUGUUGGCAUUUUAAACAAAGAAUCGGAUCGGGGCCGUGUCGAUCGGCUCCAGCAAAAAUUGCACGAGAUUCCCAGCGACUUACACGACCUAUUUCGCAAUAUUCUCACCCGAGACUCGAACAACAAGGAGCAAUUAAUACUGUGUAUUCAAUGGGUGCUCUUUGCAAAACAGCCGCUCAGUCCUGAGCAGCUAUACUACGCUAUACUUUCUGGCAUUGACACUGAUGCUGUAUCCGCAUGGGAUCCCGACGAAGUCGAUCAAGAUGCAAUCAAGAGGUUCAUACUUGAUUCUUCAAAAGGCCUUACCGAUAUUACUGCCUCCAAAAAUCAGAAGGUCCAAUUCAUACACGAGUCAGUUAGAGACUUUCUGCUCAAAGAAAAUGGACUGGCCAAGAUCUGGCCCGAAUAUCAGCACAAUUUUGUAGGCCAAAGUCACGACAGGCUCAAACAAUGUUCCUGGGCGUAUAUUAACAUCUUCCUACAUCAGUCACUACUUGUGCCUGAGAUUCUCUUCGAAGUAUCUUCAAAGGCAAUGGAAGGGCUUCAUCCCUCAGCAAAACAGCAAUUCCCAUUUCUUGAGUACGCUGUCCAUAGCAUAUUCUACCAUGCAGAUUUGGCAGAGCAUCACCACAUUUCCCAGGCAAAUUUUUUGAACGAAUUCCAGCUUAAAAGUUGGGUUCAGCUGGACAAUCAGCUGGAGAAAUUCAACAUUCGCAAGCAUCGGAAGACCGUUAGUCUGCUGUACAUUUUAGCCGAACUCAACUGCGCCAACCUGAUCAAGUCCCAAGGUACGUCUGGCAAUGUUCUGGAGGUCACAACAGAGCGCUAUGGUUGCCCUCUGUUCGCUGCGGCCGCCCUUGGAAACGACGCAGCGGUUCGAGUUCUCUCGAUGGCGAUUGAAUCAGCAUCACCCAGUACAGAUACAAACUGUGAACAGCUUGAAUACGAUACGAUAGUAGCUGUUCCUAUUCAAAAUGGUCAUCGGAAUUUUGUUUACAGUCAUAAAAAAAGCUUCAUGGUCAACGCAAUACAGAUAUGUCCGGAGCACGUCAUGACUCGAUUGCUUGAGUCACCAAUAUACAACCCUGACUCAUUACCUGAUACUGAAUCUAUACUACUCGAAGCAUCGCGUCGCGGCCAUGAAUCUGUAGUUGAGUUGUUACUUGAUAAACGAAAAGACAUCUCAGACUUGAAACCUUCUUUAAUAGACAAGGCACUGCGUGAGGCGAUGAUAAUCAGGAAUGCGCCAAUCGUCAAAAUGCUUGUCCUCAAAGGAGCCGAUGUUGACACACGAGAUUAUUACGGUAAAAACACAAUUCACGUGGCCUCAGAAAAAGGGCUUGAGGGCAUUGCGAUGUUCCUCUUGGAUAAUCACUCAGAUCUUCUUGACAGCAAAACCGGGUCAGGAUAUACCCCCCUCAUGUGCGCAAUUCAAAAC